AUGGUUCUGCUUGGGUCGAGCUUUGCUUCAGUGGCAACAGCAUUUGGGCUGUUGGUGAACAUUGUCGUUGCCACUGGGCCGCUGAACGGGCUUCCUAUCCUUAAUGGACCUGUGCCGGUUGUCCCCCAAGUUUUUGGAUCAAAAAAGCAUGUCGGCGAGUUCAUACAUCCUGGACUCUGGCAUACGCAUGACGAUCUCGAGCGCAUCCGAUUGGGAGUAGCGAAGGGCCAAGAGCCAUGGAAAUCGGCGUACGAGAAAUUCAGUGCCGAUUCCUUCUCCCAAGCCUCCUACACUAUGCAAGGCCCAAAAAGCGUCAUCUGCCGAGGUGGAUGUAGCAAUAACUACACAACCUUUAGCAACGAUGUGCGCGCGGCAUACCAAAAUGCAUUAAUGUGGUAUAUCACGAAGAAUCAGAGCCACUGGGACCGGUCAACAACGAUUCUGGAUGCUUGGGGCACAAAUUUGACCUCGAUCAUUGGCACCGAUACCUCACUUCUCGUCGGACUUGAAGGAGACAUGUUUGCGAAUGCGGCAGAGAUCAUGCGAUGGGAAGGAGGCUGGAUCGAGGCGGGAGCGAAAGCUUCAGGUGGAAGUGGAUUCUCAAACCAACUGUAUUGGUUGUUUGCAAGACAGUCAAUCAUUAUUGGCCAGGCAAACUAUGGCAUGGUUAGCAUCAAGGCCCUGCUGUCCUUUGCCGUUUACUUAGACGACGUGACGCUGUACAAUUAUGCUGUAUACGCCUUUCAGAACGAUCUUUGUGCUGGAAUAUAUGGCAAUUUCCACCCAGAAACCGGACAAGGGGCAGAAACUGGUCGCGACCAAGGCCAUGCGCAAGGCGCCUUGGGCUGGACUGCAGAAGCGGCUAGAAUCAUGCAAUCUCAAGGAACGGAUGUGUACUCGCUUGGAGACAAUCUUCUACUCAAGGCUGCAGAAUACACAGCCAAAUACAACUUGGGAUACGAUGUGCCCUACGACCCCAAGUUCUACCGAUGCGAGGCAAUUCUGAUCAAUGGGCCGUGGGCUGUGCCAUCCAACAUCAGUCGGGGAGCCAAGCCACCGCCCAAAGUUUGGGAUAUUCUAUAUUACCAGUAUGUCGUCAAACGAGGACUUCGCGCUCCUUAUACGACUAAGAUGAAGCUCACGAUCAAUGGCCUCGGGGGUGAAGGCAACCCCGGCACAACUAGCCCCGGUGACCAUCCCAGCUGGGGUGAUUUGAUUUGGUCGUAUAACAAGAAGGGUCAGUUCCUUAAUGAUAAUGACAGGACUAUCUGGGGAGGUGGCGAGAUUGGGCCAAAGGGAAGAGGCAUGAUCAACUCAGCUUGA